AUGCAUCUUUCAGUCUUAUUUCUUUGCAUUUCUCAAAUAUUUUUCACAAAUGCCACAAAAUUUUGGAUAAAUCAAAAAUUCACUUGUAAAUUGCAAAAACAUUGGGAACUUUCGGUCAGAUAUUAUGAGUGGGAUUUGACGACGUAAGUAGAAUUCAAAGGAUGAAAGCAUUUUAUGAAGUCAGGAUGAAAAAACUUCAGGGACAAUGAAGAUGUUUUCGAAAUCAGAAGAACCAAAGUGCAUAAUAAAAUGGCAAUUGUUAAGACUGGGUUUGUUUACAGUGAAGGUGAUGGUGUUGGUGAUAAUUAUUAUGAAAUGAAAAUGUAUUUAACACAUACUUGUACUGAUACUGGAAAACAAUCGUUUAUCGAUUAUAAAUUGGGUGAUUUUCCAGUUGAUGACCGGUUAGUUUUACAUUAGAAAAAAAUAUAAUAAUCUGAAUAAUCAAGAUUUUUUUUAGUGAAGCAAGCAUCGAGGGAACCUAUCAACUUGACACUUAUUGUAGAGCCGAUAUAUGUUCAUAA